UUGAAAUCAUGACAGUGUUUUUUUGUGCAUAUCACACAGCCCUAACAGGAAUCGUGUCGAAGGCGUCUGGAGAGCCGUAUCGGUUCGUCGUGAUCCAAGACCCAAAGACCUGGACAGAAGCUCAGUCGUACUGCAGAGAGGAACACGUGGAUCUGGCGACGGUUCAGAGCGACGAAGACAGAGCCAAACUGAAGGAGGCAGCGAACGACGAGAGCUUUCAGUCUUUCGCCUGGAUCGGCUUCUACAACGGCGUCCUCGCCUGGCGCUGGUCGUAUCUGAACGCGGCGAGCAGCUUCACGAAGUGGGAGUCCUGGGAGCCGGACACGUCCCGCACCGAAGAGGCCUGUGCGUUCAUAGACGGAAACCGGCUCUGGGGAGAUGCGUCCUGUACUCAGGAAAAAUACUUCUUCUGUCAAACUGACAAGAGCCAGACUCAAGACAAGUUUAAGUUCAUCCAGACGAGCCUGAAUUGGCGUGAAGCUCAGGUUUACUGCAGGACGCUGUACACGGACCUGGCCACCGUCACAGACGACAGCGAGAACACGCCCUCGCCGAUCUGA